AUGUCACUUCUUCCUCACCUCUCUUUCUUCCGUAUCGGAGCGCCCGAUGCUGCUCACACUCUUGAACUUUGGCUAGACUAUGUCUGCCCUUUCUCAGGUAUCUUCAAGAAUUCCAUAGUGCCAAUCCUCGCUCCUGCAGUGACCACCGGCGCGUUAAAGGGAAAAGUCAAGCUUCUCCUUCGUCUCCAGGUCCAACCCUGGCACGGAUCCUCGACUUUCACGCACGAAGCCGCUCUAGCGGUCGGCAAAGUCGUCCCUGAAAGUUUCUUCGACUACACUUCGGUCCUCUUUAAGAACCAAGAAGCCUUCUUUGACCGCGCCGUUGCGGACUUGACUCCCACUCAGAUCCGCGAAAAACUCGUUGCGCUUGCAGGAGAAGUACCCUCGAUCGACAAAUCCAAGCUUCCAGCGAUCAAGGAUGCUCUCACCUAUAAAGGAUCCCCCAAUGGAGGCAUCGACGUCACCAACGACCUGAAAUGGAACAUCAAACUAGGCCGUCAAAAUGGAAUCCAUGUUUCACCAAGUGCUGUUUGGGAUGGAAUCUUCGUUAGCGACGUUUCUUCGGGAUGGGGUGCAGCCGAGUGGGACAGCUUUUUCGCUAACAAUGUUAAGGUUUGA